AUGUCAACUUCAGUCCGGUUGGAAAAUGAACAGUUGGGUUCACAUCAUUUCGACGCCAUCCGUGAGAGGGAUGAAGCUCAGGCCCUGGAAGAAGUGCGCUUGAAGGAGCGCGAAUUGGAACAGGAGGCCGUCCACGCAUUCGACGAUCUACUCGACGCUUCCGGAAGUGAAGCGAGCUCCUAUUAUAAACCCCCGAAUUCGCAGCAAGAAAACGGAAAUGUGCCCGAAGAAAUUUACCUACAGAGCCAGAAGGAGCUGGAGAAGCUCCGGAACGAAUACGAUCGUUUACGAGCUGAGAACGGAGCUCUACGAACGAACUUUGAUUCGAUGGUGCGGGAAAAGUUGAAGCUAGAGGAGAAGUUGGAAAAGUCUGAGGUCCGUAUGAACCUCUUAGAACAGGAAAUAGGAGAAUUGUCGGAUGCUCAAACCGUUCAUCGGGUCAAAGACCAGUAUGAGACGAUAAUCGAGAAACUGAAGAGCUCCUUCCACCAUGAGAAAGGCGAGAUCCUUGUUCAACUAAACAAAUUCAAGGAGGAAGCUCUCUUAGCUCGGAAUCAUAUCUGCUCGACGUCAGAGGCGGGCGACGAUCGAAGGAGAGCCUUGGAAUCGGAAGUUGAAAGGUUGAGGAUUAACGUGGGAGAGCUCCAAGAGAAGGAAUUGCAGCUGCAGCUCAUGGUCAAGGAGCAAUCGAUGUUGCUCAAAGAAAACGACCUCCCCGAAGAGUUUGACGGCAAUUUAGCAAGACUCUGCGAUCUGCUGGACAUCGGAGAAAAGGCUUCGUCACUGAAUUGUGCGGUGACAGAGUGUUGCGAUGCAGUCGUGGAACUGAAACACCGGAUCAAGGAGCUCGAUUCCGAUGUCGCGACGUCUACGAGGCUUUUCCAGGAACUUCAGAUCGCAGCCAGAGUACUCGAGAAGGAGAACCUGCAAUUGAAGGAGAAGCUGGAACACAACAGCUCUGAUACCGAGAGCCAUAGCGAGACGACGCGAGUUGGAACCCUCAAGGGUGCUCUUGAAAAACUGGAAGCGGAGAACCUGCACCUGAAACUGCAAGUGCAAACUCUAGAAGAGAGCAGGGACCGUCUGAAGACUGAAAUAAGGAAUCGCAUCAACGAGGAUUCGAAGAAUUCCGCUGACUUCAAUGAGCUGUACUCGGAGAAACAACGACUCUUGGUCGAUUUACAAAGAGCUCAGGAGUUCAGUUCCGGCUGUCGUCGAGCUCAAGAGAUGGCAGAAGAAGUUCUGCGAGAAAAAAUCGAAGCAUUCGAGGCGGAAAGAGAAAAUCUCCGCAGAGAGAUCGAGGCAGAGGCCAAUCGGAAACUCCAAAAUGAGAUCAAUCGGAUGGAGCUCCAGUUUGCGAAUGAAGUUUCGCAGCGAGGCGAAAUGGGCGAUAAGCUGCGCAAGGCGUGCUUGAUGAUGCUCGAGGAGAGAUUGGCGAAGAUCUGUCGAGAGAAGGACGCAGAGAUCGGAAGGUUGACCAGGAAGUCGCAAGAAGAGGCGGAAAUGAUGCACGAAAGGUGUGAACUCAUAAUUCUUGUCCUGAUCGUGUCGACGAGACGAACUUUCUGCUCAAAAUUCGAGAUUCGUAGCCGGGAGAUAAGUCGCGCCGAUUCUGACUCCAUAUCCGGCGUGGCGUUCGCUCUUCGCUCUCGUAUACACGUCGCUGAGAUUCAUUUUGGCCGCUCCUCUUGA